AUGGUCGGAGUCACCAUCGGGUUCUUGGUCUCCUCGCUUACCAAGGCCCUUCGCUCCCGGGUGACCAGCUCUUGGAAGAAUUAUAAGUCUGUGCCGCUUGAUGACUGGACAGAGGACCAUGUUAAAGCAUGGCUGCACUCCAUACGUCUAAAGCCGGAAUAUGUUGAUAAGUUAUACGCUGAAGAAGUAACUUGACCAGUUCUGAAGGAAAUCACUGACAACUUUCUGAAAUCUAUUGGAAUGAAACAAGGGCAGAUUCAGUUGUUAAUGCAGAAGAGAAACGAGUUAUUAAGAGAACAAAAACAAAGUGAAGAUAAUUCAUCCAGGCCACCACCCUUGAAUGAGCCCAGCAGAAGCAAUCCAGAAGAUGCACAGCACUCAUGUAAGACUCUUACAAAAGCUGAAUCCAAAGAAUUUCCUGGUGACAUCCAACAAGAAGCAGCAGAAACUUCUGCCGAUCAAGAGCUUACACAACCCAUGCAACACUUGUCACUGGAGAACCAGACACAGGGCGAAAAUUUGUCAAAUACAACUAAAUCAGACAAGAACAAAUGCAUACAGCACACCGAACCUGGGACCACAGCUCAUUUCAGACCCUUUGAUAAACAAGUUGAAGGUUUUAAAUACUUCAAAGACCAAGUUCUUCCACCAGAGACAGGAGUUGACGAUCUCAUUACUCCUUGUCAUGAAUACAAGUCACUUGUUACUGCAGCAAAGUUGGAUCGAGUCAGGCUACAGACAAAAUUUGCAUCUGAAGUUCUCCGCUUUGCUUGUGCCUGCAUGAACAUGCGUACAAAUGGCACAAUACAUUUUGGAGUGGUGGACAGCGUAGAAGACAAGGCCUACAGGCAUGGCCAAAUAACUGGCAUCCCCGUAAAUGACCAAGACUGGUACGUCGAUGCCUUGGAUUGUAUUGAGAAGUGUUUUACUAAAGUAACAAGUGAUGUAGCAAGGAAUUGCAUUCGUUCCCCAAAAUUUAUUGAGGUUGUCGACAGAGGUUCAAAAGAACAAAAAUUUGUAGUGGAAGUUGACAUUGUGCCUGCAGCACAGAAGGUAAAAGAUAAAGUGUUUGAGGUGACUCUGCCAAAGUUUAAUGACAAAUCCAAUAAAGUUAUUCAUGAUAAGAAAGCAAUAUACCAAAGAAUUGGUGCCAAGUGUGUACCCGUAGCAGAUGAAGACAAGGUCGUGUUUAUUCAAGGACUCCGAAAUGUUGAUGAUAUGAGAGGGAGCGCAGAAAUGAACGUUAGCUGUGAUACAUCAGUGACAGAAGAUUUAGGGAGAAAAAUAUCCAUGCUGGUGACUGAUGGGAAAAAAUACAUAAAUGACUCUCUUCGGUACAUACUGGUCACCAAUGAAUGCGGGGAGAACCAAAUCCCUCACACCGCAUUCCUAACACGCCUGAACAUUUUGUGUGUUUUUGACUUUGACCCAAAUUCUGACGUGAAAGGAUUAUGCGCCAAAUAUAAAGAACAUCACGCGGUAAACAUACAUUCCCUAAAAAGCUAUUCCAAUGAAGAUGGGAUGAGCACAAGCGACCUCAAGAAAAAUCUCUCCCUCUUUAAUCAAACCAGCUGGAUAUUUUGUAAUGGAAGAAGCAACUACAGAGGGGGAGAUGAAGCCUGCGAUGAAAACACGUGGAUUAAAUCAAAGAGGAAGCUUUUAAAAAAGGCGGUUUCUUUUUUGUGUGAUGAAAUUCUUCCAAAGGGAUACUUUAUUGUUGUCUUCUUGUUGUUUUCCCCUGUGGAAAAACCCAUCGUCAAUACAUUUCAUGAAUUCUACACAGAAUUAAAUGGUAUGGAGUACAUACUAUGCAUUUCUGAAAGCAAAGACAAUUAUAAGACGUGGGCCAGCCAGGCCCAAGCCUCCUGUCAAAUGGAGAUCCUAGAACAGAGAAGCGUUGUGGGCAUGCAGCUAAGUCAUGUUGAUGCAACAGUCCAAAGACUUCUACCUUCAUCAUCCUCUCCUAGACAAUUAAGUGUUUCUACAAAGGGAGUGUGUACCCUCAACAGACCAGAUGAAGAGAAAAUGCAUUCACUAGAAGUGCUAUGUGAAAAUGAAUGUGACAGUACAGGGCUGCAGGACCUGGCCAAGGAGAAAAUUGAGGAAAUCGAGACUACUUUCUACAGAGGAGGAAAAGUCAGCUGGAAACACUUUUGGCUUGCAGAAAAAAAUCUUUGUGAGAAUCUUAUUGAAAGAGAAGCUUAUAAGGAAGUUGAAACAAUAUUAAAUAAUAUUGAGAAUCGUGUAAGACUUCCUGUUGCCAGAAUAAAGAUUGUUCACCAACCAGGCAGUGGUGGCAGCACAGUUGCAAGACAAAUUCUGUGGAAAAAAAAAAAGGAAUUACGAUGUGCUGUAGUGAAAUCAUCCUUUCCAGUAAUGACAGUAUCUGAACAUGCUGAAAACCUAAGACUAUAUGAUGAAAAAGACAUGAACCAAUGUCUGCCCGUCCUCCUCCUCAUUGAAGACUGCCAUGAUGAGUAUAUUGAUGAUCUGAGGGAUGAGUUAAUAAAAACAAUGGUGUCCAGGAAAAUUGCCUCUCAUAAACCAUGCUUUAUUCUACUGAGCUGUAAAAGAGCCAAUGUCCCUGAAAAUCUCUCAAGGUUUUCAAUUCCUGAGACGGUCACCAUCACCCACACGCUCAGCACAGAAGAAAAGAUAAAAUUCACAGGGAAAGUUGAGAAGCUUAAGAAACAAUUCUCACCAGAAUCCAUAAUCAUAUUUAUUUUAAUGAGCCAAGAAUUUGUGGCAGAAUAUGUGACAAAAUUUGUGCACAAUGUCAUGCUUAACGUUGACCACUCCUCUAACGUGACACGAUUAAUGCGUUAUGUAGCACUUUUAAAUUGCUACAUUCAAAAUUCCUACAUAUCCAUAUCACACUGUGAGGCUUUCCUGGGCCUUGAGCCGCAUACAACAGAGUCCAGCCCCCUGAGACAAUACAACUUCAACAAUUGCUUAAAUGAACAAGCCGAACUAAUAUUCAUUGAACGGGUGGAUCCCAUCACUUCCAUUAAAUGCAUUCAUAUCAUUCAUCCUCGGGUUGCACAGGAGGUCUUAAAACAGCUCCCUGAAUAUUCACAAAGUCAAAUCGCCAUGGAUCUCCUUCAGGAAAAUGUCCUGUUCCAGCACAGAUUUGGCAGAGAUGAAUUCCUUGGUUUUGUCAGGGACUUGCUUUUCCGGCGGCGUAAAAUAAGUAGGGGUGAUGGUGUGGACUCGUAUCUGUCCCCUCUUAUUGAACAUGUUUGUGAUGUAGAAAAAAACCAAGAAAAGGCAGUUAAACUUCUUGAAGCAGCCUACGAACGAUUCAACAAAGAUCCCUUCUUAGCACAGCAGCUUGCUAGGUUACAUUACAAGUAUGAGAAGUUUGAAGAUGCUAAACGUUGGGCUGAAACCGCUAAAUCCCAGCUACCUAAAGAUUCCUUUAUUUUGGACACAGAAGGUCAAGUGUACAAAAGGUGGUUUAAUGCUUUAUUAGACAAGAGGAAUAACGCCGUACCCCUAGAUGAAGUGCCAGACCUCCUAGAAUAUGCAAUGAAAGCUCUGCAAUCUUUCCGUGCGGCACAAAAAGCUGCCAAAGCAGAAAUGGACACCAUGAACAAUGCUGGAUAUUUUGGAGAAGUUGAUGUUGGAUGUCGGUUGCUGCAGCUGUUAUCGACACUCGAAAUUUUUCCUCAAAACAAAAAUGGUGAGAGCCGUGAACUUUUACAGUAUCUCUUGACACAAUAUAUUCCAGAGACCAUCAAGAAACCAUGGUCCAAAUUUCAUAGCCAUUUAAAAGGCCUGCACAGAAACCUGUACAAUGCUCUAGACUGGCUAUCGGAAGAACUGAACUACUUUCAGACUGAUAAAAUUGAUGAAGGGGAAAAGAACAGUGAAGUGGAAGAAAGGGUAUACACCCCUCGAAAAUGGCUGAUGAGAAAAAUAGAAGUAUUUGCCAAGUUUUUUAGCCACCACCUGUCACCUUCUGGUACCGAAACGGAGGAUCCAAUCAACCAAAUAAUUCAAAAGAUGCACAUUUACAAAUUGGGAGGUGGGAGCACAACAACAAUUCUGUCCUUACUAUCCGAUAACAAAGAUGACAGAUCGAGAAAUAAACUUUCAGCAAUCGUAGAUCUGUACAAGAAAUGCAUAGAAAAUGAAAUACUUGAUGACGUUGACUUGAUCAACUACAUCAUGAGUCACAUAGCUUUGGGAUGUGUGCAUCCAGGUUCUCCCAAACUUCUCACUUUUCAGGAGUUAAGGGAACUGAGCAAGAAAUAUCAAACCCAGAGAAAGUCUUUUCCUCCAAGUGCCUAUUUACUGUUGUUGCUGCUCUACUGGCCUGAUGAAGUAACUGAUCGGGAAGCAGAUGCUAAAAAGGAUAACAUCCUAAGCUGCGCUCUUCAGAGUGCUCGGAGACUACACGACAUCAGGAUAAAAAACAUCCCGGUUCGGAAGAAGAGAAGCAAUGUACUAUUUUUCUUGGGGCAAGGCUACGGCCUUCAGAAGUUCCUGCACCGUAGCACUGUAGAAAAACACAUGGAAGGGCCAGUAAAUGAAUGGAGAUUGAAGUGUUAUGAUGGAGAUAUGGGAAAAUUAGAGAGAGUGCAGAGACUGCUCAAAACUGUGCCGGGUUUUGCUGAAAACGGGAGGAUUUACGCAGAGGGACACUGCAAAAAACAAAGAUUUGACAUUAUUCCCUUAAACCCCUCUUCAGUGCCUUAUGGGAAUGAGAACGUCACUUUCUACCUUGGAUUUACAUAUGCAGGGCUUGUCGCAUACAAUAUAAAAGUGCAGUAGCACCGCUCGAGUGUAAACCUCCAUCACUU